AGAGGAGACAUCGAGUAGCCGACCCGGGACGGUUAAGAUCGCUGCUCAUUUAAAAGCAUUCUCGGGCCGGGGUGGCGUAGCCUUUGGGACCUGCAGACAAAGACUGAGGACUGAGUGCCUGCAGGGAGACGCACUAACUUACCCAACAUCUGGUCAGCUGCUGGCAGGACGAUCCGCACCGAGAAACUUUUGGAGGCGGAGAAAGAGAGCUUUCUCCGCGGGAGAAGUAUGCAUUGAAUUGGGCGUGUUUUUUUUUUUUUUUUCGGGCACCCCCCCCCCAUGAGCCGAAAAGAGACUCGGUGCUCGGUGUCGAUAGUGGAAGGUUUAAAGGACGGACAUAAAGGGUCUCCGGGGGCGAGACGUCCCACCCGCAGCGGCCGGAGAAUGAAUUAGCCGAGAGGUCGGCUGCACCGUUUCCCAGCCACAUCGAAGGCUCACUCCUUGGCCCCUCCACCUCCUGCCAUAAGAGCCAGGCCUACGCCCAUGGAUGAGGAGAGGACUGACCCUGCCAUCUCCCCACAGCCACCUGAUGAGGGGGGCCCCAGUCCACCAGCCCCACACCCCGAGACACACGCAACCUCCACAGAAGAGAGCUCACACGAACCCGCGAGCCAAAAGGCCUGUCCUAGUCCAGAUGUGGCACACACCUAUACUGAGCCACUCAUAUUGAAGUUAAAUGGCACCCCAGAGAGGUCGCACGGCGGUGAUGGAGACAAGUGGAGCAGCAGCCUCUCGCACUCAGAGCUUACAACACCCAGCAAGAGCAUCACGUAUCAACCAGCAGCCAGAUCCACGCCCGGCCAUCCCGCCCAGCCGUGCCGGACGCAGCCCAGCAGCCAGCUACGCAACGGAGCCAAGCACCACGCACACCCAUCUCACACGCACUUUACACACCACGCGCCUCACACGCACAACCUUCAGUCCAACGGGUUCAGGAACGGGGGCCCCCGUGAGCACCCUAAGCUGGGCUCCCUCCCGAGGGGCGGCUCAUCCACCUCCUCGUCCUCUUCGGCGGGACCCAAACACACCAAGAGGUUGCCGUCCAACCCCUCCAUCGCCUCCCAGAGCAGCAAGAGAAGCAAGAGCAGCUCCAAGAGCAACAGCUCUCAGAUCCCUACGGAGGGACAGGACGACUGCUGUGUCCACUGUAUUCUGGCCUGCCUCUUUUGUGAGUUCCUGACUCUGUGUAACAUCGUCCUGGACUGUGCCACCUGCGGCUCCUGCGCGGGGGACGACUCGUGUUUCUGCUGCUGCUGCGCGUCCGAGGAGUGCGGCGACUGCGACCUGCCCUGCGACAUGGACUGCGGCAUCAUCGACGCCUGCUGUGAGUCCGCAGACUGCCUGGAGAUCUGUAUGGAGUGCUGCAGCCUCUGCUUCUCCUCCUGAGGGGCCCCCGACACCCCCCACCCCCCCCCACCACCACCGCCAGCACCACAGUGUGGGAUAAAGGAGAGAUGUCCGCCCAGGAACAACUUUGAGCCGGGAAGCGCUUCAUCCCGUCUUUGUGGCCUGGACUCCUUGGUUCACACUCUGUUGGCUGCCGCCUCGAGGGCUACACAAUGUGUCCAAUGUUUGUUGCAAGGCUCGUCAAGCAAAAGACCCUGAGAGCAGCCACUGGUGAUGCCUUCCUUCUUUUAUUGAUCUGCGGGACGGGAGCUUCCCCUCGGCUCGUCUUUGCUGUUCGUUGGUGCACAGCUGGAUGCACGGGGCAGAGUUCCAGCUGUGGUCUGCCAGGCUCUGCAGAACGGGCCUCUGGACCCUCACAGAACAGGCUAUUAUUACAAUGGAUCCCCUUGUGCUGUCUGAGUGACUGGAGUUCUCCAAGCAUGAAAAAUGACCUCCAAAGGCAAAUGAGAAUAUGGCUCCAUUUAACCGGAUUUUAGCGUUUCUGUAGAUAAGAAAAGUAGUAUAAUGGGAAAAUGGACGCUCAGAUCUCAGUAGAAAUGUGGUCUCUCCUCCUGUCCUUGGCAAGGUUAAAGUCUUCCAGUUUUUGAUUGCAUACAGUGGCCUUUGUGACACACACACACACACACAGCCUUACAAGAGGAUGUUAAAUCCAGCGCUGUCUUUUGUCUUGUUGCAAAGUACAAAAUAGGGAAAAUGUUAAUGGUGGCUGGUGGCAAUAUUACACACAUAUUUCUUUUGUUCAUGUAAUCUCACUUAACAGACUUAUUCACAGGAAAAUCAUGAGAGUGUUGUGCAUCAGCCUGAAGAUGGAUCCAAUUAAAUAAGUACUGUAGUUCAUGGACACAUUCUUUACUCCAACAUGUGAAGGGAGAGCGUUCUUAAUCAAAGUUCUCUCCUCGUUUUAUGAUUCGCAUUUGUUUACCUUUACAUUGUUUAUUUUGAGGGGCUUUGGCUUUAUUCGAUGAAUUCUUCCUCGUCUGAAUAUUCAGAGCUGGUGACGGACUGUUAGAGGACAUCUCUUUUUUUUUUUUAAUAGGUUUCAUUUUUCUUUGUCGUGUCUUGCUAUGUGAACAAAUGGCCUCGGCUUAGCUUGAGGCCUGAAUUUUCAAGUAGAUUCCUUGCCUUUAUCAAAUCUCUAUUAAUCCUUGUUUUGUAGAUUUUAGUUAGGAUAUUUGCAUUUCUCCUCUAAUGUGAAAAUCACAUUUCUGUGUUAUCGGGAUUUGCAGCGGACACUGCUCGCCAUCUAGUCUGAUUCCUUGAGUGAAAAUCUCCCGACAUUAUGCUCAGACAGAUCCAUCUGCUCGUGGUGUGAAUGGUACGCUUUUGAUAACAGGCCUGCACUCUCGUACGCUCAGAUGCUCACCUUCUCCAACCUGAUACCUCUUGUGAUGACACCAAGCUCUGUUGUGCAUUUUUAAAUGACUUGAUUCAAAUCUCUUUAUCCUGACCAAAAACUGUUUGUGCAAUCCUUUUCUUUUGGAAAUACCAAAGAGGUCUUUCCUCUUACUGGACUCUAUUUUCUAGGCCUACAAUUACUAAUACUUUAAAGGGUCUAUGCUAUGCUUUUGUGGCUGGGGUUCAAUUUUAAGGGCUGAACACUGUUGAUAUGAAUAUACAUUAAGGCUGUAAAUUAACCUGAUAACACCGAAAAAGAAAACAUUUUCCUCCGAUGAUAUUGGUUUGUAUCAGAAUGGAUGUUCCAACUGAACUGAGACAAAAUACUGGAUGUCCUUUGAAAACAAUGCAAAUGUCUUGUUUCAUGAAGGGAAGAACUGGAGUUUAUUAUGUUGUGUACAGACAUGAGACCGAUGUCACUUGUUUAGAUUUAUAUUGUAUUCAGAGUGCAGAUUCUUAAAGCCUUACUUCAUCUCAGGACACGUUCUCUGUCGUCAGACCAAGCCCAUCACCAAAAGAAUUGGGGCGGACUGUGAUAAAUUAUGGGGGGGGGGUACAUAUUAACAAAUGUGUCCUACCUACCUGCCUCUUCUCACUGAAUUUAAACACAUUCCAAAGGGGAAAUCUUCAAAACCCAAAUCCAUAUUUAGAAUAAAUUAAACUAAAUGGGAUUUCAAUUGUUCUUCAUUUCCAGUACAGAUGUAACUGAAGGACUGAAGAGAACAAAAACCUGGGAGGGACAGCAUGGCUCGCAACUCGCUCUUUGUCAGUAGCACAAACGGACCAUCCUUCUCUUUCCAGAGGUAUCUUCAUCUGGGCUUUUGAACAGGUCCUAUUGGACUGUGAAGUGCAAACAUGGGGGAUUGAAGAGCUGUACAUGCAUCUGUCUCAAUACUCCUGCUAGCUUGUGGCCUGCAAUAGCAAUCAUGUAACAAACAGUUAACACAACAUUUACUUUUCGUUUAAUGACAUUUUCUGACUGGAUCAUUAAGUACUGCUUCACGUCUAAACACACUUUGUGGAGAAUGGAGGCAGUCUGGAGGGAUAGAAAACACUGAUUGGUUGGUCUGGAGAUGAAGAAUGUUUGCUGGACGUAAAAAGUCCUCAUUUGAACGACGCCCUUAAAUCUUUCUGGAUUGUGGAAAUGAACUCAGUUGAACUUUUAUAGUAAUACUGGAAGAAAACAUUUCGGUGUUGUCCAAACAGUGUUAUCAGUCAAUUUGUUAGCAUUACCUUGACUAUAGAAAUGUCUAACUGUUGACUUUCAUGGAUCUAUUAUCUUAUCAUGAAAUGGGAUUUGGUUAUUAUUUUAGAGGACUGGCUGCCAAUGAUAGUAUUCUGAACGUUAUCCCAGCCCAGCUGAAUUCUAACUGUAUGAUGAUGACUGUAGUCCACUAUAUUGUCAUCUUGUUUACACUACCCCCAUUUUAUGUCAAUUUUAAUUGCUGUCCUGAAAGUCACAUCCAAAUCUCUUUUUUUAAUACAGAAUAAACAAUGUGAACUCCA